AUGGCUCCCAAAAUUAUGCUCUAUGGUGUCACUGGCUAUACCGGUGGCCUGGCAGCCGAAGAAAUGGUCAAGCUCGGCCUCUAUUUUGUCGUCGGUGGGCGAUCCGCUGACAAGGUGCAAGCCAAGGCCGACGCUCUCAGCGUCGGCUCCAAGGUCUUUUCGCUAGAGUCGCCGGCAGAGAUUGACGAGGCCAUCAAGGGAUUCACCGUCGUCUUCAAUGCUGCCGGGCCCUACUUCAAGACUGCCGGCAGUCUCAUGGACGGCUGCAUCCGCAAUGGCGUCCACUAUGCCGAUCUUGCCGCAGAAACCUUUUCGUUUGCGGCCGCAGAGAAGCGGGACCAGGCUGCCAGAGAUGCCGGGGUGAUCCUCCUGCCCGGCGGCGGAGGCGUUGCUGAAGUCUUCAUGGACUGUCUUGUGGGCCAUGUCCUUAAGCGCACCCCCAACGCCACCCAUGUAGACCAGGUUCUCGAUAUGAAUGGACCUUUGACCAGAGGAACUAUCGAGACAAUCCGGUCCUUUACUAUCGAGCACCUCCAGAAGCGUGUUGGUGGCAAACUCGUCCAAAAUGACUUCAACAACACCAUCACGGUCGACUUCAACGACGGCAGGGGUGAGCUCAUCGCGCCGCCAACGGGCGACCCGCAGCUGUAUACUUUGUGGAAGUUCCCUGGGAUUUCUAAUAUCCGGACCUUCAUUCAUAAGUCUGGCGAGCCCAUCCCUACUGCCGAGGCUAGUACUCUGCCUUUCGGCCCUACCACCGAGCAGCUUGAUGCAACGCCGUACCAGGCCGUUGCCAUCGUGUCGUCGGCAGACGGGUCCAAGAAGAAGUCAAUUCUCCGCAUGGCGAACGGAUAUGUCCUCACCGCGCAGGCAACAGCAAUGGCGUGCAAAAUUCUCGCAGAGGAAGAUCACGGAGAUAAGGCGGGUUGGGUCACGCCGCUCCAAAUGUUUGGCAGCGACUACCCACUGUCCUUCAAAGGAUCUUCAGUAGCGGAUGUUGAUUAA